AUACAUUUACUACUUCCUUCCAAACCGGAACUAGGAUUACGUGUGUGUAGUCAAACGCUUCCGACUAAGAUUAGUCACUAUUUACGUUAAGUAUUUUGAAUGCAUAUUUCAUUCGAGACAUUGAUGCAUUUUGAUUUUAUGGAUGUAAUCGUAGAGACUGAUCCUUGUUUUUGCAUUCGUGAAGUAGCUAGUGAGAAGAACCAGAAUAAUGUCCAAUUUCAUCGCGCUGCAGACGCAGUUGGCUUCGGUCAUGGAGACACUGGUUCACGCGGCCGUGGCAGAAUUGGGUAAACUUGUUGAAGACACCUCGGUCUUCGUGUUCAAUCUAGAGUUUACACCUAAGCACAACGAAGAUGACGAGAUGACGACAAAAUUGCAGACCGAGAGUCAGAUGAAGAUGACGCACUUUGCUUCAGUCAUGGAAACUCUUGGCAAUGAAGCACUUGGUAAAAUCAUGAAGAUCGUAGAUGACACCAAAUUUCUGAUGGACUUUGAGCAGAAGUCCUUCAAAGCAGUUCGCGGGAGGAAGAGUAAACCACAAGCCAGCAUAUUAAACAUCCUGUCAGAGGGAGGAAUGGCAGAGGAGCAUUCAUAUGGCGGUAGUGGAAAAAACAUGGAGGAGACCGUUUCGACUCAACCCACAGAGCCUCAGGAUACGGAUGAGCCAGAGGCUCCCUUCGUCCUGGCUGUCAGUGUGAAGGACGAGCUGGGAAACAUUGACCUGGGAGCCAUAGCUGAGAGAGCGGCUGCAGAUGCGUAUGUGGUCGACGGGACCCCUUCAUCGGACCACCAGUGUGAAACCGUGCCCCUUGUAUCGCAGCCCAGCCAAGCGGACCUCCUCCUCGAGAAGCUGGUUCGGCAGAGGAAGCUCUUCAUCUGCACCGAGUGUGGCAAGAGCUUCUCCACUCAGAGCAACCUGAAAGCCCACCAGAGGAUCCACACGGGAGAGAAACCCUUCACCUGCGUCAUCUGCAACAAAGGCUUCGCCCACAAACAGAGCCUGCAGGACCACAUCCGCACACACACGGGUGAGAAGCCCUACGAGUGCCUGCAAUGUGGGAAGUGCUUCGGUAAGCAGGCUCAUCUUAAGACUCACUCCAUCAUACACACAGGGGAGAAGCCCUACAGCUGCGACCUCUGCGGGAAGAGCUUUAACCUGGCCCAGAACUUGGCUCGCCACCAGCAGAUCCACACGGGAGAGAAGAUCUUCACCUGUCCCAUCUGCGGCAAAGGCUUCACCCGGGCGGUCACGCUCAAGACCCACGAGCUCAUCCACACAGGGCAGAAGCCCUUCAAGUGCGCCCAGUGCGGAAAGAGCUUCCGUCACGCCGUCAACCUGAAGAACCACCAGCGUAUCCACACAGGCGUCCGGCCGUUCAGCUGCGACCUAUGCGGCAAGACCUUCCGCCAGUCGGUGAACCUGAAGAUCCACCGGCGCAUCCACACGGGCGAGAGGCCAUUCGUGUGCAAGGACUGCGGGAAGAGCUUCAGCCAGCAGAGCAGCCUCAUCUCGCACGGACGCACCCACUCAGAGGACCGGCCGUUCCCCUGCAGCUACUGCGAGAAGAAGUUCAACAAUGCCAACAGUCUGAAGCUGCACCUGAGGAUCCACACGGGGGAGAAGCCGUACGGGUGCGAGAUCUGCGGGAAGACCUUCAGCCAGGGAAGCCACCUGCGGACACACAAGAGACACGUCCACGCAGGGGGCAAACAGUACAUCUGUGACAAGUGUGGGAAGAGGUACUCAGACCAGCGCAAUUUGAAAAUGCACAAGUGUGUGUAUGCCUGACACGUGCUCUUAAAAGACAUUUGAUCAUUGUUAUGCGGUUGUUGUGUUCUGUUACUAGUAUUACGAGGAUGUUGGCAUCACUGGCCCUGUUGCCCAGGGUUACAGUAUUUCUGAAGGGCACUUUACACCAUAAGAGCCUUGACUUGAAGCCCAUCAUUUUAUAAGUAAAACAGGCCGUUUGUGUGUAAGGACUGUGGGAAGAGCUGCCGACUGCAGAGCAGCUUCAUCUUGCAGCUACUGUGAGAAGAAGAAUCUGGACUUGUCUCACAAAUUGUCCCUUUCAUACAGUCUCUGUACUGGCUGGUAUUUUAGAUACUUUACUUUAUAGAUAUUGAUUGAGAUUUGAUUUGGAAAUUGUGGAUGGAGCAGAAGUUUGUUUUCGUGAGCUGUGUAGGCUAUUUAUUUUGAUCCAACUUUAGACUUUGAAACGCUAACUGAGAAACUAAAUUGGUGUGUAUCGCAGGAACCAAAAAUGCCUGAUGUCUCAUAAGAAGAAAAUGAACUGUGUGCGCUACUGUACAGUAAUACAUUUUUUGUAAAUGUGUCAAAGGACACGUGAUUGAUUUAGCAUUUCAUAACUAUAGCUGAUAUUUUGCUGUGUAAUAUAUUUGUAAAAAGAAAGAAAAUAGCACUGUUAGUUGAGACCAUCAAUGCAGUCUUUAUUUUUUUUUUCUGUCAAACAAAUCAUCAAUCCCCAGUAAUUCAUAACCCAUCUGUUCUCUUUGGGGUUAAUUUUUCUAUGGUAACUUCUCCAUGGAGUAUUCAAUUAUGACACAAGACACGUCCACUAUUCUCAUGUCAGCAUUUUUUUUUUUUUUACAGAAACAAUGAUAGAUGCUGCCGCCAGGUACAGCUAUGUAUCAUUGAUGGUUGUGUGAGAGAAUGAACUGGGUAAAACAAAGAUCAUGGCAACAAUUUGUGAGCGAAAAUAAAAGCAUUGUAACUUG